UCAUAAAAACAAAAUGGUGGAACACUUCCGAGUUACCUGUAGAAAUUUCUAAUACAAACCAUGGUUUAACCGGACAGCAAAUACACUAUUGUAGAAUGGUUCAGUUCAAAUUAAUAUUAUACACAUAUGGAAAAGAGGUUAAGUAAAAUCCUCCUGCCACCAUGAAGAUAUUUGCCUUCACAUGUUACUUGGUAUAUACAACUGUUGCAUUAUCUGUUGUGAAAUCACAAUAUGAUUAUGGUGAUAUAGAUGUUUCUGAAGUAGAUAGACUUUCCUUACGUAAUGAGGGAGACACAGGGACAGUAGUAUUCAAGGGAACAGCAACAGAUAAAUCCAGUCCAUCUGUCUUGCGUAUUCAGACAAAACCAAAUUGCUACAUGUCUAUCAAACCUAAAACAACAUUUACAUUUAACAAUAAAUGUUUUUGGAAUUAUCCACCACAAGCAUGCAUGGAUGGAUGUUUUUAUGCCUAUGUUUUUGAUGGAUAUUACUACAAUGAUUACAAUGCUACAAUGAAAUAUAUCUGGGACAGUACCUGGAGGGAUUAUAAUACUACAUCAAGUGUGUUAUAUGUAGCUGUUUGCCAUACAGGAGUUACAAAUGAUGACAUGCAACUUAGUUUUACAGCUGUUGAACGUCAUUUUGUAUAUGAAGGAGAUUCAUUCCGCAACAAAGCAGGAAAAGUGAUGUCUCCAUUUUUUCCUAAACCAUAUAUACAGAAUGGAGAGCAGGCAACAUAUGUGUUUAGAAGCAGUAAUCCAACAGAUAAAGUAGUUAUAGAGUUUGAUGAUUUUGACAUAGCUCCUGGAGGUGCUCUAUACUUUAAUCCAAGUACAGAUUACCGAUAUCCUAUCAUCAUAAAUGAUGCUACUCCACGACCAGUUGUUAUAUCAGAUAAGAAUGAAUUACAGUUAAUAUUUGACACUGGCUGGCCUGGAUCAUCUUACAGAAAUAAUUUGGGUUUCAAAGCUUCUUAUAGAUUCAUAGCAGCGCAUGAAUUCUAUCAAAAACCAAAUACUAAUUGUGGGAAGUACUAUUUGACAUUGGAUGGUGGACAUAUUGAAUUUAAACCACAGUUUUUUAGUGAUCAAUAUGACUGUGUAUGGGUUGUUAAGACGCAACCUGGAUACAAGGGAACAUAUAUGAAGCUGAACAGGUUCUCUUCAGUUUAUUCAGGUGAUAACAACUCUGGUGAUGUUAAAGUAGAAAUUCACAGAGGGUUGACAUCCAAUGGGCUGAUUGUUGGCACAUUAUUUCCAAAAUUUGGUGGCAAUUAUCGAGACUUUGAUGAUAAGGAAGGAUUUUACAUACGACUUCGUGGAAUCUACAAGAACUCCAUUACUUUCAAGUUGGCAUUUGCUUCGUAUAAAAGUUAUUAUGAAUCAGGUUGUAAUUCAAAUACACAUUUUAAAUGUUCGAAUGGUUACUGUAUCCCUGGCCAGCUUGCCUGUGAAUCUAUUGAACAUUGUAAGGAUGGCAGUGAUGAAAGUAUUGGUUGUUCAGGUUCCUAUGACACCAAGUCAGAUCACACAUUAACAGUUAGUGUUAUUAUACCGAUAGUUGUGUCUAUAUUCCUGCUGAUAGUGUUAUCUGUACUAUUUAUACUGGUGAGAAGAUGCCGACAAGCCCAGCAGUUCACCAACAUGAUGAGAGAAAGUAAUGACCCAGUUGUAUGCACAACAGAUAGACGGAGAAGAAGAAGAGGCCAUGAUUAUUUCCAGAGACCACCAGAUGCCCCACCGACCUAUGAUGAAGCUUUAAUUACGGGAAUACCAGUUCCAGAUGAUGAAGAAUAUCCUCCAAAACCUCCCCCCUACAGUGAAACUGCAAAUUCACCCAUGAUGCCAGAGUCAGGUGAACCAGCACCACCAUAUUAUUCCACUGAGAAUGUUAACCAGUCUUUUUUAGACGAUAAUGGCAGUCCGAUCAUUGAGAGACAGAGAAGUUCAAUUUCAAACAGUGCUAACCCCAUCUCUGAACAAGAUGCUGUCUCAACAUCUACACAAACAAGACGAGAAGGUGUCCACAGAAAUUACCACAAGAAGUCUAAUGGACAGCCAAAACUUCACAUGUUAGACACUGGUCGACUGCCAGAUUUAUAUAGUAUACAAGCAACUAUUGGAACACAGUCUAUGUGUAACAUAUCUAAUAUUGGGCAGAAUAGUAACUUAACAAAAGCAAGAUCUGAACAAAUUUUGUCCCCAAGAGACCUGGGAGUUGUCAAUCAGGCUUAUCUUGAUGAUCAAGAUCAACAAUCAAGUUUAUACAAAGGUCAAGCUGUUUCUAAUCUUGAACUUCCAACUGGAAGACAUCAUCAAGAUAAGAACAGAAAGCAAGCAAACAAUAGUGCCAAAAGAUAUGAAUCUCAACAUGGAUCCAGCAACCUAUAUAAAGAUGAACCACAUUUUCACAACAGUGCCAGAGGACAGACUGGACAAAACAGAAAUGAUAAGAAUAGAUCACUAGAAGAUCAGCAAAGGUCAAGUGACCAUCAAAAUUUUGCUACUGGUCAGCAAACAACUCCACAGAGGUCAGAUACCAAAAAACAGUAUUCCCCCAACACUAAACAAAGUUCAAGGGAAAGAUUGAAAUCAAAAGAAGGGGGUAAUGUCAAUGGUUGUUCUGACUAUAAUCAACCCAGUGCCAGGGAUAGACUAAAACCUAAAGAUCCUGUCUUAAGCAAGAAAUAUGAUGAUGAACUACAAAGAAGAGAGCAGAGUAAGAAUAAACAAUCUAGGAACUACCAACAAAGAGAGCAACCACAUGCUGCAAGGAAAAACUCACAAGAAAAAACUGGUGCAAGAAAUAGCUCACAAGACAAAACUGGUGCAAGUAAUAACUCACGUGACAAAAUUUCUACAAACAGUCACUCACCAAAUAGAAAUACUGAUAGGAUAUUAAACAGUCAAGAAUCUAGAAGGAGGGAAAUCAAAAGCAAAAAUGAGGCCGUAAACAUAACUGGAAGAAAUGGAAUGAGGCGAGACUUAGAUGAGAAUAAAGAUAGGCAUAUAGUUGCUAAAUCAAGACAUCAACUUGGAGGAUCUAAUGUUAGUUUACACUUGUGUGCUGGCAACAGAAGUGAAAUACAUAGAUCCUCUGUGAGUUUAAAUGAGAACAUGUUAAGUAAUAAUCAUGUAGAGUCUAAUGGUGCAAACACAGGCAGUGCUGGUCACAAUGUACAGAGCUCCUGUAUGAGUUUGGAUGACAUUGGAGAAGAUGUCUAUGUUUAGGUUGUUUGUUAAGUUUGACUUUGUUGUUUGUCUUUUUUUAUUUUUCAUUUUAUUAAUCAACUGGCAGUUGCCUUUAUGAGAAUUUGCUAUGCUUGUCUUUCAUUAUUUGUAUAAAUUUCUUAAGAAUAUAUUCUCUUAAACUAUUGCAUAAACUUUGAUGAAGUUUUACCUAACUAAUCCUAAGAGGACAUCCUUUAAAAAAUUUUAUAGAAAAUUUUGUUGACCAAACAAUUAAGCUCAUUUUUUUUUAAAUUUAAAUCUUAGGGCAUUUACUAAAACAAUCUUACUUUUCAAGUACUAAACAGAACAUAGGAAUAAAACACUUAUUGAAAUGUUAAGUAAAAUGUUAUGAAAAACAACUUUGGUAUGGUUGCACGAGUGAGUGAUACUGGAUUCUUAGAGCUUUGAAAUUAUGUUAUAAUUAUCAUGUUUUCUGUGAAGUAGAAUUUUGUGAAAAACAAUUAAAGCAGCAAAUUUAUCUUGCUGACAGUUUUUGUACAUUCUUAUAUAGAGAAAGAUUUUUAUAUAGUUUAGUGCCAUUAUAAUGCAUAAUCAUAAAACAUUUUUAUACAUUUUUUUUCACCAGGAUAUUUACUUGUGUUAAGGACCUUUUUAUAUGGAUUUCAGACAUAUUCUAAGGUUUUCAGAUCAAUACAAAAAAAGUAUAGAUCUUCAAACUGAAAUAUGCUUAUUGUUGAUUACCAUAGUAAAACAAAUGGAUUGAAAUUAAUAGUUGAACAAUUGUAUUUAGAUGUAUUCUACAUUAUAAACCUAUUAUAGUGGAGUUUAGAUAAUGAUACAUUCCAAUGGCAUUUUAAAAUAAUAUAUAAUUAUGGCAUUUUUGUAAAAUAAUUUUUAUUGUCUGUGUGAGUAAAUUACAAUUUUUUCCUUUACGUUAUUAUAGAUAGUAUUCUGUAUUUAUUUACUUUAUACUGUAAUCCAACUUAUAUUAUUCCUGAACAACUUAUUUUUGUGACUUUCUCAAGUAGAAAAAUAACAUGAAGAUGUCAAAUUUGGAUCUUCUCUUAUAAAAACACAGAAACAAAGUUCAAAAAGUCUGAAUUUAAAUCACUGGGAAAUCUUCUUAAAAGGGCUCAAUGCAAAAAAGUUGGUUUACAGUAGUUAUAAACAAGAUUUUGAGUUCACUGUGAUAUUUUGAAGGUGAUGUCUGCCAUAACACAUAUCAAGCUAUCUAAACUAUUAGCAUAUUUGUUGUUGUAAAUUAAAUAUAAAUCUCCCAUGAAUUGUCUCAGCUUUGUUGGAACAACUGGUUUCUCUCUCUCAUUUAUAAGUCUUUGUUUUGAGUAAUCAGUAUAGGACUACUGGCUACUCCAAAUCAUGUUUAAACAAUUAUGUGUUCUUGCCAGAACUCUUGCAUAGAUCUGGAAAAAGGUGUUCUUUGAAAAGUAAGUUAUAAAUCGUGAAAGAUUAUAUAAAGUAUAACAGAAUUUAACAGAUAGUCUUUUCUUAAAAAUUAAAAUUGUUUGUCAGGUGUAAAGAUAAGAGAAAACUGCAUUGAUUACAACUAAAAGUUGUUCGACAUGAACAACGAUUUUAGUUUCAUAUCAAAUUUCUGUUACAUUUUGACUCAGACUAACAUUAAAGUACCUCUACCUCUACAGGUUUAUACUACUUAAAUUUGUUGAAUAACAUUCCGACUAGUCAAAUCAUAUCAGCUUUUACUAGGUUAGUUAACUAUUACACACAUCAUGUCAGCUUUAACUAGGUUGGUUAACCAUUACAUAUAUCAUGUAUCUACUUUUGAAGUUAUUUCUUAAAAGGUCUUUUUGAUCUAUUUUCAUCUUUCCGUGAUAAAAUGCUGAAUAGCUGAAAAGUGUUGUGGUAACAUUUUAGGUUUUUAGUUAAGGAGAAUUGUUUUGGCAACAUACCACUAUCCAAAAAAUACCUUAAAGAAUGUAAAUAUAGUUGAACAAUGAAUAAAUUUAUAUCAUGAUUCUGUGAUUUUGAAUAUAUGAUUAUAAUUGUGCAAUGAAUAUAAAUUUAUGUCUUGAUUCUGUGAUUUUGAAUGUAUGAUUUUAAUUUUAAACUUGAAUAAAAAUUCAUUCUAAAUCUAUAUCUAAAAAGUAUCAAUUGAUGACCAAAUAAAAAUUCAUUCUAAAUCUAUAUCUAAAAAGUAUCAAGUAUGUUGAUGACCAUAACAGUUCUCUGCCUUUGGUUCAGUGGAAGAUGUUGUUACUCUGGUUAGUAAAAUUUGAGUUUCAGGUUAUUCCAUGGCUAAUUCGUAAUUUAAGUAAUAAGAUUUUACAGUUACUUCAGUACCUCCUCAGAGAAAAUCUUGAUAUGUGAUCAGUUUUUCUAUAAUAGAAAGUUUUUGUUAUUUUGUAAUAUUGUUCUUUAAUUUGUUAAAUAUUUUUGGGGAGGGGGAGGGGAUGAGGGGGAUAUGCAAGGAAGGGAUUUAUGUAAAUGCAAGUUACUGUACAAGCUUCUUAAAUGUUAUAUAAUUAUAUAAUUGUAUUGAUUACUAAUUGAAACAUAUCAGAUAUGAUAACUUAAGGUAUUAUCAGAAAGUUUUUAUAUGUUAUUGUAUACUUUCAUUUUGUAUUUUGUUACCCUCUGCAUUCCAUUUACAUAUAUACAGAAUAAAAAUUCAGCAUUU